UCUGGGGAAUCCCCCAACUUCCAAGCAGCAAACCUUCCAAUGGAGUUUGACACUGGAAAUUGUGUUUUGCUAAACACAAUAAUUUUUCGAGCUUUUUCCGCACUACUACAUGGAAGAAAAUUAGGAAAAGCAACGUGAGAAGUUUGCGUGCCAGAAUAUCCAAAGAAAUUUAUCGCCACGGAAGCAAAACUUUCACCAUGAACCGAAAUCGUUCUGCAAAUCCUGGCCCCGUUCCCGAUCGGUGGCUCCAUUGCCCAAGGAAGUCCGAUGGUUUCAUAGCUGACAGAUUCCUGGCAUUUAAGACGCCGCUCGAUGAGCGAUUUGACCCCCAAUUGCCCGUUGAGGCAUGCUUCUCCCCGGAGAUGGUGAUUCAGAGUCUUCGGAUGCACAAACGACGCCUUGGGCUGUGGAUUGACCUUACAAAUACAACGAGAUUCUAUGAUAGGAAGAUUGUGGAGGAUGCUGGGACGGAGUAUGUGAAGCUUCAGUGUCGUGGUCAUGGGGAAACUCCCUCGAGGGAGCAAGCACAUGCUUUCAUUGAACUCGUGGAUGCCUUCAUACUCAACAACCCACUGGACAUUAUUGGGGUGCAUUGUACACACGGAUUUAAUCGAACGGGCUUCCUCAUUUCAUGCUACCUCGUGGAGAGGAUGGAUUUCUCCGUAGAAGCUGCAAUGAAGGCCUUUACAGACGCCCGGCCGCCGGGAAUUUACAAAGGAGACUACAUCAGAGAAUUGUACGAGCGGUAUGAUGAUGUUGAAGACACUCCACCCCCGCCUGAGCUUCCUUCGUGGCAUCUUGAGUAUGACGAUGGGGAGGAGGACAUUAGGCCACCUCCACAGGCUUUCUCACGCGGUCAUAAGCGCACACAUGAUUCCCCAGGGCCCACAGAUGAUGGAGAAGCAACAAAUGGGGAUGCCGGUGGGGAGUCGAGUACGUCGCAGACGAAGAAAAAGAAGCGAGAGUUCCUAAAUCUCAAUGCAACCUUUAUGGCGGGAGUUCCGGGAGUUAAGCUCGUGACAGAUCAACCGCGUCUGUCGGAGCUACAAGCACAGUGCCAAGCAAUGUGUGGCUGGAAGGGAAAUGGAUUCCCGGGAUCACAGCCUGUGUCAAUGGAUCAGGGAAAUCUCAAGCUGCUCCACGAAAAGCCAUAUCAUGUCUCGUGGAAGGCUGAUGGUACGCGGUAUAUGAUGUUGAUUAAGGGAGAAAAUGAGAUUUUCUUCUUCGAUCGCGAUCACGCGUGCUUCGAAGUGGAGAAUCUGCGAUUUCCGCGGAAGAAGGACUUGGGGAAUCACUUAACCAACACCCUCGUGGACGGGGAGAUGGUGAUUGAUAAAGUUAAGGGGCUCAGUAUCCCGCGAUAUCUAAUCUAUGAUGUGAUCAAGUAUGAGGAUGAUGACGUGGGGCAGAUGCCCUUCUACCCGACACGACUGAAGUGCAUUGAGGAGAAUAUCAUUGGGCCACGGUAUGAUUGCUUCCGGAAGGGGCUAAUUGAUAAGAAUCGUGAACCCUUUAGUGUGCGUCAUAAGAUGUUUUGGGACGUCACACAGGCCAGGGCACUUCUUGGGCCAAAGUUCGCGAGUACACUCAGCCAUGAGCCCGAUGGGUUGAUUUUUCAGCCAUCACUGGACCCAUAUCAAACCGGGCAGUCCAAUGAGGUGCUCAAGUGGAAGCCUCUGGAGCUCUGCUCGGUGGAUUUUAAGCUCAAAAUUGCCGAAGAAAGCGGCAUGGGGAUACUCAAGCGCAAAGUGGGGCUCCUCUAUGUGGGCCAGCUGACGGCCCCUUUUGCCCAGAUCAAGUACACAAAAGUCCUCAAGGAUUUGGACAACAAAAUCAUCGAGUGCAAAUUUGAGAACAACAACUGGGUCUUUAUGCGUGAGCGCACGGACAAAUCCUUCCCAAACAGCUACACAACUGCUGUGAAUGUUUGCAACAGCAUCAAGAAUCCCGUGACGACACAAAUGCUCCUGGAUUUCAUUGAUUCACGAAUGAUGCCACCACCAAGCUCAUUCUACACGGACUGCUCUAGCCACGAUUAGUUUUUUUUUUGCCUCAUGUUAAAUAACAAAAUAAUUAUUAUAUAAAAAAUAUUUGAAUGUUUUUAGAUUUGAUUUUUCUGCAGCGAGAAAAAUAAAGCAAAUAGCAAUGAA